AUCGCCACUCCGCCCGAAUUCCAUUGUCGCAAUGACAACAACCGACGGCUUCGGUACCCCAAGGGUGCGUCGGCUGUCGAGCCUGGAUGCCUGCCGGGCCGACCUAUAUGGCGGUCCUAAUGUGGCCAUCCCUCCUAAACAUUUGAUGGCUUCCACUUUAUCCCAUGAAACAGCCAUUGAGAUGGAUAUGGCCAAACAACACCUGGACGACGACGUUUCUUCCACGGAAGGCUCCCCCCGUGCUGCUUCCCCGGUUGCCGAGAAGCCUUUCACCACUGCUGAUGAUUUCGCCCUGGCCUUCGAUAUUGACGGCGUGCUUAUCCGGGGAGGUCAGGCUAUCCCUGAAGCUGGUGCUGCUCUCAAAUAUAUUAAUGGAGAGAAUCCGUACGGGAUCAAAGUGUAUGUAUCUGAUCUCUUUUCGCUUGUCUUCACAGUCGUGCUCCUUCUUCCGUUCUUGGAAACGUGCUGACUGCUAUUUCUCCAGCCCCUAUAUCUUUGUAACCAACGGUGGAGGCAAGACGGAGGAAGAACGAUGCCUAGAUCUCAGUCGACAGCUCGAACUAGAUGUCUCCCCGGGCCAAUUCAUUUGUGGCCAUACACCAAUGCGCGAAAUGGCAGAGAGGUACCACACGGUUCUUGUCGUCGGUGGUGAGGGUGAAAAAUGCCGUGUUGUAGCCGAAGGCUAUGGCUUCAAGGAUGUCAUCACCCCUGGAGAUAUCAUCAAGACACGACACGACACUACACCGUUCCGGAAAUUGACCGAAGAAGAACACAAGAACUCUCGAGUUCGAGACUUCGAACAGACGAGGAUCGAGGCAAUCUUUGUCUUUGCUGAUAGUCGAGACUGGGCUGGCGACCAGCAGAUUAUCCUGGAUUGUCUGAUGUCGAAGGACGGGCGCCUGGGCACCCGGUCCGAGACCUUUGACGAGGGACCGCCCUUGUUCUUCUCCCACAACGACGUCGUCUGGUCCACCUCCCAUGAACAUUCACGAAUCGGUAUGGGGGCUCUCCGUGCGUCUCUGGAAGCGCUAUACAAAGCCGUUACUGGCAAAGAGCUCACCACGAUCGCCUUUGGCAAGCCCCAGCUGGGCACAUAUCAAUUCGCUAUGCGUCUCUUGCGACAAUGGCGGAAGAACACCCAUGGCAUUAACAAGCCGCCCAGAACUGUAUAUUUUGUGGGCGAUACCCCGGAGUCUGAUAUUAGGGGUACGAACGAGUUCAACGAAAUCAGUGACGCCCACUGGUUCUCAAUUCUGGUCAAGACGGGUGUGUACCAAGAGGGCACCAUCCCUCGUUAUCCACCCAAGAGGGUGUGCAACAAUAUUCUGGACGCGGUCAAGUUCGCCAUCGACCGUGAAAUGUCCAAAGGCGACAAGGAGUCGGCCAUUAUGGAUGACGUCGAUUCCGGUAUUGACUCAGAAACGGCUCUGUGCAACUGAGUCUCCCGAGGCUGGCUGGUGAUGAUACACUGUUUUGUUCGUGAACACACCAGUAGAUUUCUAUCUUUUGCGUUAGCCUAUACUCGUGUCGAAGGAUCCCUUCACUUCGUCGACUAUGCUAUGAAGGGCUGGCAGAUAUAUGAUCUUUGCAUUGUAUUCACAUUGUUCCAGUCAGGAAUGUCGUUACAGACUGUGAUAGAAAAGUCCAGAUGCCUAUAGCAACUGGAAUAUGAUACCUUAUUUGUUAUACUAGAAAUGAGAUGGUUAAUGACAGCAUGAAUCUAAACUCCAGGGUAACUUG